AUGGUCCUCGACCCGACAGCACCUUUCCCAGUUCUUCCGAAUGAGCUUGUUCAACAGAUCCUGACUAUAUACGCCUCAUCUUCGAAAUCGUCCUGUCUCGAUGCGACACUCAUCGCUUCCUGGACCAGACACUUGGUUCUGCCUAUUCUGUGGGAGGACGUGACGAUCGUGACUCCUGCUCAGGCCGACGCGAUACAGCUUGUGGCGUCGCGCUACAAACACUUGACAAAAUCUUCAGACGUAGAAACGUCCGAUAACGAGGGAGCAAGGCCCAAGGCCAGCUCCCCGUUAUCCUUCAUCCGAAGGCUCUGCAUCUCUACCGCCAUCGCUGCCUCCGAUGCCAGCACAGGUGUCGAUGCCUCAUUCUUGUCUCAGUGCAACGACUUGCGGGAUAUCGCCCUCCCAAGCAAACUCUUACCCUCCCUCUCUUAUAUCCCUUUCAUAACACCUCCCAGCCCGUCUGGACAUUCUCUAUCACGAUCUACAUCAGACCUGCACGUGACUGUCCUUGGUGGGGGCUCACAACCGACUUUUGUCCUUGAUUUGCUCAUGCUAUAUCGUUUUUCCGCCACACUCCUCGCCGCCCCCAUAUCAUCACCAAGUCCGAACACGCCAUCCUCUCCUAUUUUUCGCCAUAUAACUCAUCUACAAAUCCUACGUAUCAACAUUUUCUCAUCCUUCCUAAAGGGUACUAUCCACGGCUCUGGCUCCGUCUCCGGCUCUCUCUUCAGGGAGAUGAAAGCUCUUACACACCUUGCGGUUCCGUUGCCCGUUCCGAAGACUUGCGCGAGGGUGGUGGUGGAAGAGGUCAAAUUGCUGGAGAUGCUCGUUUGUACUACCUUCGGUGUGGAUGGACUGGAUAGAGCGACGAACCCUGGAAGGAUCGAAACCAUCAAGGAGCUCCGAGAACAAAUCCUCAAGAGCGUUGAGGGACCAGAUGGGGUGGAGAUGAGGAAAGAAGUGAUAUAUUGGGCGAGUGUUGAUCCCUUCAAACUCGAGGAUGAGUUGAUGCGGCCUACUUAUGAAAGGGAAGAAAGGGAAGAUAUAUGGACGAGGGCAAGGAGAGAGGUCCGAGAGGCUGAGAUUGUGGAGGCGGAGGCGGAGACUCAGGGAAACGGGAAAGAAAGCUCCAGUCGAUUUGGUAGACGCGGAUGCGGAAUAGGAGAAUAA